GCCGCCCCUGCGGUCGUCGCCUCCGCGCUGUCACCCGGCCGCCGCGCCUGCGGGGCUGCGCCCGGCCCGGCCAUGUGGACCCCCACGGAGGAGGAGAAAUACGGCGUAGUGAUAUGCAGCUUUCGAGGAUCUGUCCCUCAAGGACUGGUCUUAGAAAUAGGAGAAACAGUGCAAAUUCUUGAAAAAUGUGAAGGUUGGUACAGAGGAGUUUCAACAAAGAAGCCUAAUGUGAAGGGAAUCUUUCCUGCGAAUUAUAUUCAUUUGAAAAAGGCAAUUGUCAGUAAUAGAGGGCAGUAUGAAACCGUGGUUCCACUCGAAGAUUCUAUCGUGACAGAAGUUACAACAACUCUACAGGAAUGGGCCAGUCUGUGGAAACAACUAUAUGUGAAACACAAAGUAGAUCUUUUCUACAAACUACGCCAUGUGAUGAAUGAACUUAUUGACCUGCGAAGGCAGCUACUGUCUGGUCACCUGACACAGGAUCAGGUGCGGGAGGUUAAACGGCACAUCACCGUGCGCCUGGACUGGGGUAAUGAGCAUUUGGGCCUGGACUUGGUGCCUCGGAAGGACUUUGAAGUAGUGGAUUCAGACCAGAUUAGUGUUUCAGAUCUCUAUAAAAUGCAUUUAUCUAGCCGACAGAGUGUACAGCAGAGUACAUCCCAAGUAGAUACAAUGCGCCCACGCCAUGGGGAAAGCUGUCGGAUGCCAGUACCACAUCAUUUCUUCUUCAGCCUGAAGAGUUUCACCUAUAAUACCAUUGGGGAAGAUACUGAUGUCUUCUUUUCUCUGUAUGACAUGAGAGAAGGCAAGCAGAUUAGUGAACGGUUUCUGGUGAGACUGAACAAGAAUGGUGGGCCAAGGAACCCAGAGAAGAUAGAACGAAUGUGUGCCCUUUUUACAGAUCUGAGCAGCAAAGACAUGAAGAGAGAUUUAUACAUAGUUGCCCAUGUGAUCCGAAUAGGCCGGAUGCUCCUGAAUGACUCCAAAAAGGGUCCUGCUCACCUGCAUUACAGGCGACCAUAUGGCUGUGCAGUAUUAAGCAUUUUGGAUGUUCUGCAGUCACUUACAGAAUUAAAAGAAGAAAAGGAUUUUGUUCUUAAAGUUUACACAUGUAACAAUGAGAGUGAGUGGACCCAGAUUCAUGAGAACAUCAUCCGAAAGUCAAGUACCAAGUACUCUGCCCCCAGUGCCAGCCAUGGUCUUAUUAUUUCCCUACAGCUUUUUCGUGGUGACAUGGAACAGAUCCGGAGAGAAAAUCCCAUGAUAUUUAAUAGAGGAUUAGCAAUUACAAGAAAAUUGGGAUUUCCUGAUGUCAUCAUGCCAGGUGAUAUCCGCAAUGAUUUGUACCUAACCCUGGAGAAGGGGGAUUUUGAAAGAGGGGGAAAGAGUGUACAAAAGAAUAUUGAAGUGACCAUGUAUGUGCUUUAUGCAGAUGGAGAAAUCUUGAAGGACUGUAUCAGCUUGGGUUCUGGAGAACCAAAUAGGAGUUCCUAUCACUCCUUUGUUCUCUACCACAGUAAUAGUCCUCGUUGGGGAGAAAUUAUCAAAUUACCUAUUCCCAUUGACAGAUUCCGGGGUUCCCAUCUACGCUUUGAGUUCAGACAUUGUUCCACAAAGGACAAAGGGGAAAAGAAACUCUUUGGCUUUGCAUUCUCUCCCCUGAUGCGUGAUGAUGGCACCACACUCUCAGAUGAUAUUCAUGAGCUUUAUGUGUAUAAGUGUGAUGAGAAUAGCACAUUUAACAACCAUGCCCUGUACCUGGGCCUGCCCUGCUGCAAAGAAGACUACAAUGGCUGCCCUAAUAUUCCCUCCAGCCUCAUCUUCCAGCGUAGCACCAAAGAGUCUUUCUUCAUUUCUACACAACUUUCUUCUACCAAACUCACACAGAAUGUGGAUCUCCUCGCUCUGCUGAAAUGGAAAGCCUUUCCAGACCGAAUUAUGGACAUCCUAGGGCGGUUGCGGCAUGUCAGUGGGGAAGAAAUUGUUAAGUUUCUGCAGGAUAUAUUAGAUACACUCUUUGUGAUUUUGGAUGAUAAUACAGAGAAAUAUGGCCUUUUGGUUUUUCAGUCUCUGGUUUUCAUCAUCAACUUGCUUCGAGACAUAAAAUAUUUCCACUUCCGACCUGUGAUGGACACAUAUAUCCAAAAGCACUUUGCUGGAGCCCUGGCAUAUAAGGAGCUCAUCCGCUGUUUGAAGUGGUACAUGGACUGCUCAGCAGAACUGAUUCGGCAGGACCACAUUCAGGAAGCCAUGCGGGCCCUGGAGUACCUUUUCAAGUUCAUUGUGCAGUCACGAAUCCUGUAUUCAAGAGCAACAUGUGGGAUGGAAGAGGAACAGUUCCGGUCUAGCAUUCAGGAGCUUUUCCAGUCCAUCCGGUUUGUGCUGAGUCUGGACAGUAGAAACUCAGAAACACUCCUCUUCACUCAGGCUGCACUGCUUAAUUCUUUCCCUACCAUCUUUGACGAGCUGCUGCAAAUGUUUACUGUGCAAGAGGUAGCAGAGUUUGUGAGAGGUACACUGGGAAGUAUGCCUAGCACUGUGCACAUCGGACAGUCAAUGGAUGUGGUGAAGCUGCAGUCCAUCGCCAGGACAGUGGACAGUCGCCUGUUUUCUUUUUCAGAAUCCCGUCGCAUCCUGCUUCCUGUGGUUCUUCAUCACAUUCAUCUUCACCUGAGGCAGCAGAAAGAGCUGCUAAUCUGCUCAGGGAUUCUGGGCAGUAUCUUCUCCAUCGUCAAGACCAGCUCUCUGGAGGCAGAUGUCAUGGAGGAGGUAGAGAUGAUGGUGGAAAGCCUCCUGGAUGUGCUCUUACAGACUCUACUCACCAUCAUGAGUAAAUCACAUGCUCAGGAGGCGGUAAGAGGGCAGCGGUGCCCGCAGUGCACAGCAGAGAUCACUGGCGAAUAUGUGUCCUGCCUCCUCUCAUUGCUCCGUCAGAUGUGUGACACCCAUUACCAACACCUUUUAGACAACUUCCAGAGCAAAGAUGAACUCAAGGAAUUUCUGCUGAAGAUUUUCUGUGUGUUCAGAAACUUAAUGAAGAUGAGUGUCUUCCCUCGAGACUGGAUGGUGAUGAGACUGUUGACAAGCAAUAUUAUAGUGACUACUGUCCAGUACCUGUCCUCUGCACUGCACAAGAAUUUCACAGACACAGACUUUGACUUCAAGGUGUGGAAUUCUUAUUUUAGCCUGGCAGUUCUGUUCAUAAACCAGCCAAGCCUUCAGCUAGAAAUCAUUACUUCAGCCAAGAGGAAGAAGAUUCUAGACAAGUAUGGGGACAUGCGUGUGAUGAUGGCGUAUGAACUGUUCAGCAUGUGGCAGAAUCUGGGUGAACAUAAGAUCCACUUUAUUCCGGGAAUGAUCGGUCCUUUUCUGGGUGUGACACUGGUCCCACAGCCAGAAGUGCGGAAUAUCAUGAUUCCUAUCUUUCAUGACAUGAUGGACUGGGAACAGAGGAAAAAUGGCAACUUCAAGCAGGUGGAGGCUGAGCUGAUUGACAAGCUGGACAGCAUGGUGUCAGAGGGGAAAGGUGAUGAGAGCUACAGGGAACUCUUCAGCCUGCUAACCCAGCUGUUUGGGCCCUACCCCAGCCUUCUGGAGAAGGUUGAACAAGAAACAUGGCGUGAGACUGGCAUUUCCUUUGUCACCUCAGUCACCCGCCUCAUGGAACGCCUUCUUGACUACAGGGACUGCAUGAAAGGAGAAGAAGCAGAGAACAAGAAGAUUGGCUGCACUGUUAACCUAAUGAACUUUUACAAAUCUGAGAUUAACAAAGAGGAAAUGUAUAUCCGAUACAUCCAUAAGCUUUGUGACAUGCACUUACAGGCUGAAAACUACACAGAGGCUGCGUUCACCCUGCUUCUUUACUGUGAGCUGCUGCAAUGGGAAGACCGGCCACUACGGGAGUUCCUACACUACCCAUCCCAGACUGAGUGGCAGCGGAAAGAGGGACUGUGUAGGAAGAUCAUCCACUACUUCAACAAAGGCAAAAGCUGGGAGUUUGGAAUCCCUCUAUGUAGAGAGCUGGCAUGUCAGUAUGAGAGCCUCUAUGAUUAUCAGAGCCUCAGCUGGAUUCGGAAAAUGGAGGCCAGCUACUAUGACAACAUUAUAGAGCAGCAACGCCUGGAGCCUGAGUUCUUCAGGGUUGGCUUUUAUGGCAGGAAGUUUCCUUUCUUCCUUCGGAACAAAGAAUAUGUGUGCCGUGGUCAUGACUAUGAGAGGCUGGAAGCCUUCCAGCAGAGGAUGCUCAGCGAGUUCCCACAGGCCGUUGCUAUGCAGCACCCCAACCAUCCAGAUGAUGCCAUCCUACAAUGUGAUGCUCAGUAUUUACAGAUCUAUGCAGUGACACCUGUUCCAGAUUAUGUGGAUGUUCUACAAAUGGAUAGAGUACCUGAUCGUGUCAAGAGCUUUUAUCGUGUCAACAAUGUGAGGAAAUUUCGGUAUGAUAGACCUUUCCACAAAGGCCCCAAGGACAAAGAGAAUGAAUUCAAGAGCCUGUGGAUUGAGCGCACCACACUGACACUGACCCACAGCUUGCCUGGCAUUUCUCGGUGGUUUGAAGUGGAAAGGAGGGAACUGGUGGAGGUGAGCCCUCUGGAGAACGCCAUCCAGGUAGUUGAGAAUAAGAAUCAAGAGCUACGAGCUCUGAUCAGCCAGUACCAACACAAGCAAGUGCAUGGCAACAUCAAUCUGCUCAGCAUGUGCCUGAAUGGUGUCAUUGAUGCAGCGGUCAACGGAGGCAUUGCGCGCUACCAGGAGGCCUUCUUUGAUAAAGAUUAUAUCUCUAAGCACCCAGGAGAUGCUGAGAAGAUCGCCCAGCUCAAAGAGCUAAUGCAGGAACAGGUCCAUGUUCUUGGAGUUGGGCUGGCAGUCCAUGAGAAGUUUGUACAUCCAGAAAUGCGGCCUCUGCAUAAGAAGCUGAUUGAUCAGUUCCAGAUGAUGAGGGCCAGUCUGUACCAUGAGUUUCCCGGGUUGGAUAAGCUAAGUCCUGCAUGUUCGGGCACCAGCACCCCACGGGGAAAUGUUCUGGCAUCCCAUAGUCCCAUGAGCCCUGAGAACAUCAAGAUGACCCACAGGCACAGCCCCAUGAACUUAAUGGGCACAGGCCGCCAUUCAUCAUCCUCUCUCUCCUCACAUGCAUCUAGUGAAGCCGGAAACAUGGUGAUGAUGGGUGACAGCUCUAUGGGUGAAGCUCCUGAAGACCUCUACCACCACAUGCAGCUUGCAUAUCACAACCCCAGGUACCAGGGCUCAGUCACCAACGUCUCUGUUCUAUCCUCAUCCCAGGCAAGCCCUUCUUCCUCCAGCCUGAGUUCUACUCAUUCAGCACCAUCCCAGAUGAUUACCUCUGCCCCUUCUAGCACCCGAGGCUCUCCCUCUCUGCCAGAUAAGUACCGACAUGCCCGGGAAAUGAUGUUGCUGUUGCCCACACAUCGGGACCGCCCAAGCAGUGCCAUGUAUCCAGCAGCCAUCCUAGAAAAUGGACAGCCACCAAACUUCCAGCGGGCCCUGUUCCAGCAAGUAGUUGGAGCCUGCAAACCCUGCAGUGAUCCCAAUCUGUCUAUGGCUGAAAAAGCGGUGCCAGCAGCCCCCAGCAGCUGGAGCCUGGAUAGCGGAGCCCAAGAGGCACAGCCCUUCCUGUCUGCCCUCAUGGGGCCCAUCCUGGCCCCCCCAGUGCCUCCCCGAAGCCUGCUGCAUGGUCACUACUCCCUACACUUUGACGCCUUCCACCACCCUCUGGGUGAUGCCCCCCCAGCCCUCCCUGCCCGGACCCUGCGCAAGUUCCAGACCACAUGGAGCUAUAUGGAGAUAUUGCACAGACAGAAUGCUUGGCAGCAUUGCAGAGUCCAGGAGUUAGAGCCCAGACCCUCCUUUCAGGGUAGAGAUGGCGAAGAAUGGAAAUUGCACUAGGGACCUCUUCCUUUGCUGUAUGACAGAAAAACUCAUGGUUGCAUUCAGGGAUUGCAAGGACCACAUGGACUACAUGUCACUGGUGGACAAAGGGGCCACAAGCCGUUUUGCACAAAUGCUUGCCCACCUGCCCACUCUUACCUAGGAGUGUGCAACUGAGGGGCUGGUCAGGCACAUGACUGGCCUAACUGCAUGCCCAGGGCACACUGCCAGGCUUCCAUGGGCCAGCCUUGUUUGUCUCUUAUCCCACUUUGGACGUUAGUCGUCACUUUUAGUUUGGACCUUUCGCUCCUUUCCACUCAAAACACCUCAUGAUCUGCAGAAGCCUCCCUGGCUCAAAUGGACUUGCAAGGGUUAUCUCUUACGCCCUGGGGCUUGAAUUAAAUGAAGCUAGAAGGGCUGUCACUCCUGCAGGGAGUCAGACCCCUUCCUUUGUAGUAGAAAGAGCUGGUGUAAGAGUGAGGCUGGAGUGUGGCAGGAGCCAGAAAGCCUCUUAGCUUUCACAAGUGGCCCCAAACACCUGCCAUUUAGCGCCUGAAUCAGGGAUUUUCAGCACUACCUCUGAGCCUUGGGGUUGGCUGCCCAGCCUGGCUUCCAGGCCCUGAGGAUGUGUGGUCAGGUUCAGCAAGCUCCUGGGUUUAAAACAUUUAAAAAAAAAUUAAAUUAAAAAAGAAAAAAAAAAGAUGGGAGAACACUAAUUUUGGAAGCAGAGAGCAACACAGGUAAAACUGUUAUCUUCCAAGUAGCCAAGUACUGAACCCUCCACUCCACACCCAUAGGGAUCGCCACUCAGGGUUCAGGAUGGGCAGAAGGGCAGUUUUUCAAACCUCCCCAGUCUGUUAGGCAGGGCACAGUGGUGACUAUAGGAAAUUCUUUCAUGUCAGGGCACUGAUUUUUCUCUUGGUAUUAUGGUGGGGGUAUGGUAAUAUUUCACCAGGGUGCUUCUAAGUUACUUUAAAAUAUAACCUGUUUUGAGACAAUGUUUUCCUUUCAUUUGCUUACAUUCACAUCAGUGAUGGCCAUAAGACUACCUUCUCCUUGGUGAGCAGGUAUGUUGCUCCCUUACUCCCUUCAACUUGUUGGCCUUCUGGCCUCCUGUGGCCAAGUUCUGGGCCUAGCUGCUCAUCCUUUUUCCACAGUUCUUUCCCAAACAGAAAAUUCCAUGGCCAGGGUGUAUUUCUCUUAUAAACAAGUUCAAUAGAACUGCCAGCAAAUAACCUAAGGAAAAAGAUAGAAGGCCCAUUUUCCUCCAGAGUAUGCUGGGGUCCAGGUACAACAGUGCAGGGCUUUCUGAUACCCUCAGGAUCAUCCAGGCAGAGGAGAGCAGAGACUGCUGAGGAUGUAGGCCAGUCCAGGGAGCCCUGGCUCCAAGGGCACACACACUUGCUCCUGAGCCUACAUCUAUUGGUAAGCUUGUCUCUGGACCGUCUGGGUUCACAGGUAUGAGGGUCAAAGUCUUGCUUUGAAUGUGAUUCUUAGGUAGGGCAGCGUUAGGUUUCCAGGCACAUCUGAACCUCAGUCCACAAAGGCAGUCAAUUAUCACAUGCAGACAUCUACCUUCUCCACUUGGUGACACAGAAGGUAGGGAAGGGAGUGUAGGGUUAAGUUCCUUGGCCUUGCUUUAUGCAAGAUGAAAUAUAUUUGUGUUGUCCCUCUCCAUUUUCCCCAACUGGAUGAAAUGGACCUAUUCUGAAUACUUUCUAUUGAAAAACCAGCCAGUGUGAGGGAAAUGGGAAGCCAGAGAUCAAAAUCCUUUGAAAAGAUUGUGAAAUACUGAUUUUCAUUCUUUCAAGCAUAUUUGUAAAUACCUAUUUGAAUGCUGUGUAUUUGUACAGGAAUUUGAGCAAAAAAUGUAUAGAGUGUGAUGUCUAAUUGGUAAUAAGCCCUAUAAAUGUGUUUUUAACCUCUGGCAUUCUGUGCUUAUUUAAAACAAGAAAACUUCUAACCAUUUCCUUUGUGUAUUCAUGUCUAAAGAAAAACUGAUUUUAAAAUGAUCUUACCUGUACCAGAAAAGUUAAAGAAAAAAAAUUGUGCCGGUGUCCCAAGAGGUAUUUUACUGUAUAUAUUGUGGUAGCAUGUUAUAAAUCCAACAAGUAAUGUGAAUUUUAGAUGUAAAUAUCUGCCAAUUGACUCCCCACUCCCUUGACUGCUGUGAUGUGAAUUAAAGAUGAAUACCUGA